AUACAGACCUUUCCUCUUUCUUUCUUCUUAAACUUGAUUAUUCCUACAAAGAAACCAAAAACUGCACUUAUAUAUAUGGACAUAUACAUAAUUGCUCGUUCAUUCAGUACCCCAUAGAACAUAUAUAUAUAUAUAUAUAUAUCUACACACACACAUAACAAAAUCUGAUCUGAUUAAUCUAAGUCUAAGCCAGAUUAAGAUGAUGGAAGCUGAUGACACUAGUAGUGCAUCAGUUGCCGGGCAAACAGUUUGCGUGACUGGUGCCGGAGGGUUCAUUGCUUCUUGGAUCGUCAAACAACUCCUACAAAAAGGCUACACUGUCAAAGGAACUCUCAGAAACCCAGGUGACCCAAAGAAUGCUCAUUUGAAAACGCUAGAAGGAGCUCGAGAGAGGUUAACUUUAUGUAAAGCUGAUCUUCUAGAUUUCCGGAGCCUCGAAGAAGCUAUUCACGGCUGCCAUGGCGUUUUUCACACCGCAUCUCCCGUUACUGAUGAUCCUGAACAAGUGGAGACUGCCGUAAAUGGAACAAAGAACGUGAUAAUAGCAGCAGCACAAGCCAAGGUUGGGCGCGUAGUUUUCACUUCCUCUAUUGGAGCGGUCUACAUGGACCCUAAUAGGAGCCCCGACGCUGUGAUUGAUGAAUCUUGUUGGAGUGACCUUCACUUUUGCAAAAAUACCAAGAACUGGUACUGCUAUGGGAAGGCACUGGCUGAGAAGACAGCAUUUGAAUUGGCCAAAAAGAAAGGAGUGGAUUUGAUAGCGGUGAACCCUGUGAUGGUGUUGGGACCUCUAUUGCAGCCAACAAUGAAUGCCACCACAAAUCACAUUUUGAAGUACCUCAAAGGCACAUCUAAGACUUAUCCCAAUGCGGUUCAGGCCUAUGUUGAUGUUAGGGAUGUUGCAUCGUCCCACGUUCUCGUAUAUGAAACUCCCUCUGCCUCCGGCAGAUAUCUCUGCGUCGAAAGUGUGCUUCACCGUGGACAGUUACUCCAAAUGCUCGCCCAAUUAUUCCCGGAAUAUCCUAUUCCCGCCAAGUGCUCGGAUGAAAAGAACCCCAAAGCAAAAACAUAUGAGGUCUCAAACCAGAAGCUGAAAGACCUAGGCAUGGCGUUCACCCCAAUGAAGCAAUGCUUAUAUAACACCGUCAAAAGCCUGCAAGAUAAAGGAUUUCUAGGCCUGGAGCAAGAGCAGGCGUAUCUGACUUCAAAGUUAUGAGGUGGUUAAUUUGGCAUCAAGUGAGAAGAUUUUUCUACAUUUGACAAGUCAAUAAUAAAGUCAAGUCAGUGGGCGAUCCAUCAUCAACAGAUUAUGGACUUGGAAGAUGGUGCCGAAGUUUCUACUGCCUGGUUGAAGGUAUAUUAUAUAUAUUCAAUCUUCAAGACUGGCUAGCUGCCAGAUUCAAAUACCGCAGCUGUCACUUACAUAUAUGGCUUGUGGCCUUGGGCAUUUUUGAACGUAUGGUAGGGACUAGUUGUGUGUAUAUAUAUAUAUAUAUAUAUAUAAUAUAUGAUUUCUCUAUAAUACAGACAUCUUCUGCAAGUUUAUAUAUAUAUAUAUAUAUAUAUAUCAUACACAUAUCUAUAAUUGAUUUAUGGAUCAAGCAAUAUAUUGUAUCCGCCAUUUAAAUUAAAAAUAUGUGAAUAUAUAUCUUUAUCAUAAAAAGAACUAUAUCUUGUAUGUAUAAAAAAACUGUAUCUUGUAUGCAUUAUAUUGGAUUCAUGAAAGCACAUACCUAAGAUGCUCGAAAUGGGCUCGUAUUAAUUCUAAUUUUUGAUUAUGCUGGUAAUGGAAAAUGAUCAUGGUUUUUCUCUCUUUCAAUUUUUCUAUGCUGUGAUAAUUGGGUAUUUUGAAGAUGUAACUCUUAGAUUUUGUUCAUUGGAGCAUUCACCAUUUUUAUA